AUGCCGGCGGUGGUCGGCAAGCAGGAGGGGCGCGGCAACGGCAAGAAGACGGUGAUCGUCAACGCGGCGGACGUCGGCAAGUCGCUCAAGCGGCCGGGCGAAUACCUCACCAAGUACUGCGCGGUUGAGCUCGGCACGAUCUCGACCUUCGACAAGACGCAGGGGCAGGGCUGCAUCACCGGCUGGCACGAGACCAAGGACCUGCAGGCGAAGCGGUUCAAAGACAAGACCAACAAGUUCAUCAAGGCGCGGCGAGUGGUGCGCCAGUUGCGAGCUGGCGGGCGUGAUCACCACUCGUUGGGAGCCCUUGACAGGAGAGCGGUCCACGUCAAGACGGCCGACCUCGAGGAGUGGGUGCUGUGCGCCAAGUGCAAGUUGCCGGAGACAUCGAUGGAGCUCGACUCGAAGAAGCGGAUCAUGUUCGACUGCAAGGCUAGCUUAGCAUCGCUGAUGCGGAUCCUGCUGGGCGUGCGGCCACCGCUGGUGUAG